UCACACCUGUCAUCCAAUCCCAUCGCUCAAAACAGAAUGAAUGAAAUCACGACGGAAUAUAAAUCAGCUAGUGCCGGAUUCUUUAGACGAUUGUGACAAAAGUUUUAAACGGUGUUAACAUCCCCUAGCACAUUUUGCAGUGCAAACUGACGUGUUUUGGUUGGCGAACGUGAAGAUGGCUUCUCAGAAAAUCUCAGUUCUGCUGCCUUCCUUGUUAGGCGUGGUAUUGGUUUCCAUCGUAUCCUUCUGUGAAGCAAGUGGCAACCGUUGUCUCUUUACACACAGAGAUCCUCCUUGCGAUGUUACAGGAAUAAUCCCUCUGCAACUUACAUGUAGUUAUCCCGGGAAAUGGUUUACCCUAAAAGCGGUUAACAAAAGGACCAACCAAGGAAUUUGGCAGCAAGUUUCUGCAGCGAAAGGCGCCUUUGAAAAAGAUUGCAAGAAAAGUCGGACUGUUCAGAAGGGUGCGAACGGUCUGGAGUCUGCGAUCUGUAACAUUAGCAGCCAUCCUCCAGGGAUUGGAUUCUCAGAGGGGGUUAAAGUGGAAUAUUACUGCUGGGAAAUCGAUCCUGAUUUACUCGGAGGAUUUGGAAAGAGAUCGCACAUCCGACUAAACUCUGAAAUAUUUCGUCGCACAAAGGAGAACUAGAACUUUAAGACUUAGCGCCAUCAUUGAACCAUCGCUGAUACUAUUAAUAUAAAAUUAAGCUUUAUAUCAACCUAAACUACUCCAAACUGUAUCACGUAUCGAAAAAUCACGAAUAAAUGAUUAACAAGCC